CUUCCGUCGGGUUUCAAACCGUAAGCAGUAAGUUGCUGCGCGCUAAUUUUUUGAUUUCUAGCCGUUUUGAAAGAUUUGACGGACGUUUUCGGGCAUAAUUUGGAUAUAUGCGGUUUACUCAGCGAGAUUUUGUGUGAACUCUUGGAUAUGUGAAUAAGUUUGUCCGUUGAGGAUGUAAUCUAGAAAUCAGCCGAAGAUAUGUGAAAAUUUUUGAUCGAACUAAUUCGAUUAAGCGUGUGUUAUGUAACCUUGAAAAUCUGUGAAAACUUCAAUUCUGACGAGUACUUCCACGAAAAGCUUCCUGUUUUCAGGACAAACGUGCCUUCACCAGUGUCUACGAAAAGUUUCAAAAUGUAGAUGGCCUUAUUAGCUACAAGCGAUAGAAAAAGUGUGAAUUUUCAAAUCUAAUCGUCUCCACUAGACGGUCUACGUCAAACCGAGACUUGGACGGAUUCCAAAUCCUUCCGAGCAGUGUUCCAAUGAAACAGAAGCAAUAGGAUAGUCUGUCAGUGUCAAAGAAGUACAGAAACCGUGUCAACUGCGAUUACUUGAAGCUGUGAAUCAUGAAGAAGACUACAGAAUCCAGGGAGAACCUGGUGAACUCGGCUGCGUCCUUGGCAACUACCGAGGAUGGUCGGGCGGGAGGUGGAGAUCCGGACGCCGAUGGGAAAUCGAUCCGAAGUGCCAUUUCGGAAUUUGAUCGGGACAUUCCCGAGUUGAUACUGACCCAGACGGAGAAGAAGUUUCUGCUCAGUGCGGAGCGGGGCGAUUGCGCAACGGUGCGACGAAUAAUUCAGGAAAACAAAGGCGAUCCAGACGAGUUCGACAUAAACUGCGUGGAUCCACUAAACCGUUCAGCUCUUAUAGCCGCCAUCGAAAAUGAAAAUAUCGAACUCAUCCGAUUGCUGCUCACCGAGGGAAUUAAAGUACAGGAUGCACUUCUCCACGCCAUCAAGGAAGAGUACGUCGAAGCGGUGGAAACUUUGCUACUAUGGGAGGAGGAAAAUCACAUUCCAGGCCAGCCCUACAGUUGGGAAGCCGUGGACCGCUCGUCUUCCUCCUUCACCGCCGACAUCACACCGCUCAUCUUGGCAGCUCACAAAAACAACUACGAGAUUCUGAAAAUCCUGCUAGAUCGAGGAGCGACGCUUCCGAUGCCGCACGACGUUCGCUGCGGAUGCGACGAGUGUGUAACAUCCAGCGAGCAGGACUCCCUCCGUCACUCCCAGUCACGCAUCAACGCCUACAGAGCGCUUUCGUCCAGUUCGCUGAUAGCGCUGAGCUCCAAGGAUCCGAUCUCGACUGCGUUUCAUCUGUCGUGGGAACUGCGGAGGCUCAGUCGAAUGGAGUCCGAGUUCCGAGCGGAAUACACGGCCAUGCGUGCAAACGUACAGGAGUUCGCAACCUCCCUGCUGGAUCACGCUCGAACGUCCAACGAGCUGGAGAUCAUGCUGAACUACAAUGCCGGCGCCAUAGACAACUGGGAACCGGGGGAACGUCAAACGCUAGACCGACUCAAAUUGGCACUCAAGUUCAAACAGAAAUUGUUCGUAGCCCACCCGAACGUACAACAGCUGCUGGCAGCGAUCUGGUACGAGGGAUUGCCGGGUUUCCGUCGCAAGUCACCCGUCGGUCAGAUCACGCAGGUGGCCAAGUUGGGCGCCAUGUUUCCGGUGUACAGCAUGAUCUACAUGAUAGCUCCGAACUCGUUGAUGGGCCAGUUCAUGAAGAAACCGUUUGUGAAGUUCAUCGUCCACUCGGCUAGUUAUGCGUUUUUUCUGAUGUUGCUGGGAGCUGCUUCACAACGGGUCGAAUACUUGGCUAUCGAAUGGUUUGGACCGGAUUGGAUGCAGGAAAUACUCAAGGAGUGGAAACGGAAAGAACGAGGAUCGCUACCAGGCCUAGCGGAGUGUUUGGUCAUAUUGUACAUUAUAAGUUUGAUAUGGCACGAGAUCAAAUCGCUUUGGAAUGAUGGUCUGGUUGAGUACGUGACGGAUCUUUGGAACAUAGUGGACUUCAUCUCGAACUCGUUCUACAUUGCGUGGAUAAGUUUGCGGUUUACGUCCUGGUACACCGUUUGGCGUGAUUCUAGAGCAGGACUCAACCCAUGGUAUCCACGUGAGCAGUGGGAUCAGUUUGAUCCAAUGCUUCUCUCGGAAGGAGCUUUCGCAGCCGGCAUGAUCUUCUCGUUUCUCAAACUGGUGCACAUAUUUUCAAUAAAUCCACAUUUGGGACCUCUUCAGGUAUCCCUCGGGCGAAUGAUAAUCGACAUCAUCAAGUUCUUCUUCAUCUACACCCUGGUGCUAUUUGCUUUCGGGUGUGGCCUUAACCAACUUCUUUGGUACUACGCCGUUCUGGAGAAGAACAAAUGUUACCAUCUUCCGUCGGGUCUUCCGGACUUUGAAAAUAACGAAAAAGCUUGCGGAAUCUGGCGUCGAUUCGCGAAUCUGUUCGAAACGUCUCAAUCGCUGUUCUGGGCCUCGUUCGGCUUGGUAGAUUUGAUGGCCUUCGAACUGGCCGGUAUCAAGAGCUUCACCCGGUUCUGGGCACUGCUCAUGUUCGGUUCGUACAGUGUCAUCAAUAUCAUUGUGCUGCUGAACAUGCUGAUUGCCAUGAUGAGCAACAGCUACCAAAUCAUUUCGGAACGUUCGGACAGCGAAUGGAAGUUUGCCCGCUCCCGGUUGUGGAUGAGCUACUUCGAAGACGGCGAUACGUUACCCCCGCCUUUCAAUCUGGUGCCUUCAAUCAAAAACUUCUACAAACUGAUGAGUUUAUGCAAAUGCAGCAAGGACAAACGGUCAACGACGAGUAUACUUAAACGGAACCGCGAAAAGGCCCAACGACGUCACGAGAACGUAAUGCGAUUACUAGUGAGGCGGUAUGUGACGGCCGAGCAACGCAAGAGGGACGACUUCGGUAUUACUGAGGAUGAUGUGAUGGAAAUUCGGCAGGAUAUAAGCACCUUGCGGUACGAGUUGAUCGACAUUCUGCACCAGAAUGGCAUGAGGACUCCCAAUGUGAAGGCUACGGAUGCGGCAAUUGCUGGUAAAAAGGGUCGGGUCAUGGAGCGCCGCAUCCUCAAGGACUUCCAGAUCGGUUUCGUCGAAGGCCUCCUCAACGAAACGUUCAAAAACGCAAACGACAAACCGGCAGCGGACGUGUUCAGCACGAUUGCCAAAGCCAUCGGGAGCCGUACCAGCGCCAAGAAGAAGAAGCCCGAGGACUGGAACGCUCUGGUCCGGAAGAAUACAACGGUCCGAGAUCCGAUCGGUAACUCAACGGAAGCCAUCAUGCGUCGCAGCAGGAUGAGCUUGCGGAAGCAGAUCAUUGAAGGAUCAACCCAGGGCUUGGACAUGAACACGGACAAUCUGGUGGAGUUCAAUCCGAAGCUGUCGGAGGUGACUCCGGUGACUCGGGUGGCCUACGUCAAGUUCAUGACGACCAAAUUGAAAAAGGAUGCAGGUAAAGAGGAUGAAGCAGAUGCUGCCACCUUCGAAAACGAACGUCGAGGUUCCACCACGCGUAGUUCAAUAAAGAAGCUUGUGGAGUUGAAGGAUAAGAUCAACAGCAUCGAGGUAGAGGAUAAGACAGAGAAGAAGUCUCCUGUGAAGGAGACUGAGAUCCCUCUCAAGGAAUCAGCAACAACUCCCGCUGCAGUGACGGUGAAUCCUCCGGAAGAAACGAUCAGCACGGCUUUCAAAGAAGACAAGGAUGACAUCCGGAUCGAUAUGAGUAAGGUUCGAGUACGUUCACCAAUCAUGGAAGACCCGGAGGACGUCAUGAGCGAAAAUGGCGACCGCUGUCCUACGCCCAGACGUGCGGACAGUAUUCCGAAACGUCCUGAAACCCCCAUUCCAAGUGUAAGUCCACCGUUGGACAAGAAAACAGACAGUGGAAAACCUAGCACCACCGAAGUCAGCAGUGCUGGGUCGAUAAAGGCCAAGGAAUCUACGCCAAGCUCACAGGGCAGUCUCCGGAAGGACACCCUUUCGCCGUCGGGUUCAGCUAAGUCCGAUUCAUCCCGUUCAUGCUCACGUUCCCCAACUCCUGCCCGUCUGGAACCUCCACCGCCGAGUUCUCCAGCUCGAACACCAUCGCCGGCCUUCUCCGACAAGGGGAAAUCGAAAAUAACCGGAAAAACACUUAAAGGCUGGAUGUAAUACACAGACUAACGGCAAACCUCACGCCUUCACAUUGACCCCUGCUGCCGAUUCGUGUCACUCAAGGUAGGUAUUUUGGCAAUAUGAAACGUUUAUCAUUUCCUCAGUAGGUUCACCAUCUAGCGAAUUAAUAAAGCGAACACAGUUUCAAUGAUUUCGAUGUAA